UUGACCCCUUUUUUAUUUAAUUUUUCUUUAUUUAUAUUUCCUUUUCAUUAUUAUUAUUAUUUAUUUAUUAUUUGCUGUAGUCUGUGCUUAUUACAAACCCCCUUUUAUUGAUGGUGCUGUGUGCCUCCUUUUCUUCUGCCAUAACACCAACUAAAACCCUUUUUCUUCCAUCUCAUUCUUUUGUUUGUUCAAAUCCUUGAGGAAAAGGGAGAAAGGGAGGACAUGUCAGGAUUGUAUAAUCCCAAUUUCUCACCUGCCAGAGCUGCUUCUCCCCAGAUUAGGAGCACCCCAGAUGUUGACAGUCAGUACUUAUCAGAGCUCUUAGCAGAGCAUCAGAAGCUCGGACCCUUCAUGCAAGUGCUUCCGAUAUGUAGCCGGCUCUUGAAUCAAGAGAUUUUACGCGUUUCUGGAAUGAUGUCCAACCAAGGGUUUGGUGACUUUGACAGGCUUCGACAUAGAAGUCCUAGUCCCAUGGCUUCUUCAAACCUCAUGUCAAAUGUUAGUGGAACAGGAUUAGGUGGCUGGAAUGGGCUUCCCCAAGAGAGAUUAAGUGGACCUCCUGGAAUGACAAUGGAUUGGCAAGGUGCACCUGCAAGCCCUAGUUCAUACACUGUGAAGAGGAUUUUGCGUUUGGAAAUUCCGGUAGAUACCUACCCCAAUUUCAAUUUUGUAGGCCGACUUUUGGGACCUAGAGGCAAUUCUCUGAAAAGGGUUGAAGCUACUACUGGCUGCCGUGUAUACAUCAGAGGCAAGGGGUCUAUAAAGGAUCCAGACAAGGAAGAGAAGCUAAGGGGAAGACCAGGCUAUGAGCACCUGAAUGAGCCGCUUCACAUUUUAAUUGAAGCUGAUUUACCUGCCAAUAUAGUUGAUAUGAGGCUCAGACAGGCACAGGAAAUUAUCGAAGAAUUGCUCAAACCUGUGGAUGAGUCACAAGAUUAUAUCAAGAGGCAGCAGUUGCGUGAACUAGCUAUGCUGAAUUCCAAUUUCAGAGAAGAGAGUCCUGGACCUAGUGGCAGUGUCUCUCCCUUCAACACAAGUGGAAUGAAGCGUGCUAAAACAGGUCGAUAAGAGCUCAAAAUUAGUAUUUCUUGAUUCAUCUCUGCUCCAGAAAUUUAUGGCUGAGAAAGCCCUCCAUUACAUCAAAAUUCAUCACAGCUUAAAGAGAUUAUUAGGCUAACAGAUUUUGUUGGUGAGCUCUAUGCAUUGGUGGGUUUUCUUUUAUUGUCUUUCUUACCUUGUGAACAACAGACAGAAGAAAAUGGGAAGGGCAAAAAAACGAAGCAAAAACUGAAAAGAAAUUUAUUCAUAUAGUUGGUUAUUGAGUUUAGGUUUGGUGAGGUCAGUUUUUUUAAUGUAAGCUUAAUACAUUAAUUGGAUUUAUUCUUGUGUUAGUGACACAAUUUGUUAAGUGUGGAAUAUAUAUAUACACAUAAUAUUUUUAGGGAGAGAAAGGGUCGCUUUUGUAGGGAUAUAUAUUCAUGUUAUGUUCCAUAUUCUUUAGUUUUUGGUUUGACUGUAUGUAAGAAAAGUCUGAAAUUAUUAUUCUGUUUAUGUUAAAGUAUUUAAAUUUUAUCUUCUUAAA